AUGGCAAACAGUCCUCCUCUGGUGUUGAAGAUUUCUAGUAAUUUGGAAAUACCACAAAGCAAUCGAAAAAACUUUCCGACUGAAAAUGAAUCGAAUUCGAUGACAAAACGUCGCGACGGCAAACAAUUGGAAUCAGUUUCCAAAAAUGACCCAGCCACAGAAACGCCCGGGAAAGGUGAGCGAAAUAUAUUUCACUACCGGUAUAUAAAGCCACAGUCAAACGAGGAUGAAGGAUGAUGAGAGUUGGCAGUCACGCAUUGUUAGGGGGGAGAUUUAAAGUUCUGGAUUAACAAAAUAAAGCUUUGAUGAGUGUUCCAACUAUGUUUAUCUUAAAUAGAAUACAUGAUAGUGUCGGGAAAGUAUUAAGAACAGCUAACCAAGGGCGCGUGACUUCCAAAUCUCUUGCACCUGGGUUUAAAACUGAACACAAAUUAAUUUACUGCACUGUAAUUUUGGAUAAUAAAACAUUUCCGCUUUUUCAUGGGUUUUAUGCUGUUUUUACUCCUAAGUUUCAGGGAAUUUUUGGCGCGGAGGUUUUAAGAAAUGUUUCGCUAGUUCUAGAACAGUAACUUUUAAUUAAACUGUCCAAAAAAACAAACCACAGUUCUAAUUAUCCCAGGCUUUAACUGCGGCUAUAUCUUUAUUAGAUAUUCAAGGACAAGACGAGGAAUGCUUGAAAGCAGAGAAACUUCUCAAAGCGUUGUUAUCAAUUAAUAUGGCUGAAAUAAACGAGAGUGACACGAAUGCAGAAGGGGAUCCAGAUUGGGUUCCGGCUGAAAAGGUUUCUGAGCGUAGCGUCUCUUCCGAGCCUAAAGUGGAAUAUUCCGAAUCGAAUUCAAAUGAUUCUACCGAUUAUCCAAUAAUCUCCGAGGCCAAAACAAAAAGACGAAGGAGACGCAGAACUCGGAAACGCAAAGGUAUAUAUGCAUAAACAGGUGUAAUACACCCGAGCAAGAUUUUAAGACAAGUUUUCAUUUCAUUUCAUUUCUUGUUUUUCAACUUUGCUAUUUUUUCCAUAAUAAUUACACUUGUUUAAAAACUAGCAUACAAUCUUUUAAAGUCCAUCAAAUUUUGCUCGUCUGUAUAUGGAUGUUAACAAUGAAAUUUGCUGAAAAUUUCUGCUGAAUGAAUUUAAUUGCUUGGUUACCAUGGUAACUAGGCAUGUGAGCUAUCCAAAAUGUUAGAUUGGAAGUUCUAUUAAUCUCAACAGCACCCUCAUACUUUGUCCUUUCGUUCAAACUGUACUAUAGUUAUUGAAGAAGAAGAUACCAACGAGCAUUCGACGACAGAUCCCGAAGUUAAAUCGACGACCAGCGUAUCAAAGUCGCCGUCCAGCACAACAUGUUCGUCCAGUGCCGAGAGCGUGGAGGUCGCUCAGGGCACCGGGGAAGAGUUAAGCGUCAAAUUCAUCGAAGGAAGCGACUCGGCAAUAUCGCAGGAUGAAACAUAUCAAGAUCUCAUUACGGAGGACUUUGUUUUGGAUUUCGAGCAAAGAGUGAUCAAAGAGAAUCUGUUUAUUGAGCACGAGGUAAGAAGCAAGGAAUAAUGAAAUAGUUUUUGCCUGACUGGGUGCCGCAGUCAGGGCCUUUCCGGAGGGGGGCAAAGGGGGCAAUUUCCCCCUGGCCCCCAGUUUAAGGGGGUCCCAAAUUUGCAAAAUUAAAAAAAAUGGAACGUUUUUUUAUAUAAAUAAUGGUCCUAAAUUUUACAGAUUUUGAUAGAAAAAAGGAUUUUACCCAUGUUUUAACAGGAAUUUGUCCGGAAAAUUUUUUUGAUCCUUAAUUUAACUGUUGUUUGUCCAGAAAUUUUUUUUUUGGAGCUAGUUAUGACUACAAGUUACAUGGUCGAAAAAGGAACUAGUUACCAAUAAAAGUUACUUCACGAUUGUUGUAAUUACUUAAAAAAGUUAAUACUUUCAAAAAGUUACUUACAAUUAUUUAAAGUUACAUCUGCAAGUUUUAAUAAUUACAUUGACAGUGAACUACAUAAUAGGAUAAACAGGCCGGCAAAUAGAAGGGGAGUUAUUGUACUCAGUGUAUCGGCCACAUGCAUUAACAUAACGAAAGUUGGUAGUAUAAACAAAAUAGCAAGUACUAUAUUUUAACGUGAAAACGUAACGAAAAAAGUAACAUGAACGUUGGUCGGAAAGUAACCGCGUUAUCCUUCCAUUUUAAGUAAGUAGAAAAUAAGAAGAAACUAUAAAUACUAAACUUUAAUCUGACUUAUACCAAUCAACGGUCAGUUUAAGCUUCAAAAUUUACCAUCCGGUGGAUAAGAUCAUUAAAUAUACAUGCUUUCCAUUGUCUUUCUUUAGAAAUUAGCGAAAGAAGUUGCAGCUUUCGAACUUGAAUUAAAUGCGCAACUGGAGAAAACAGAAGUAAUGGAAGAGUCGCUAAAACAGCUCAAAACCAACAACGAGGCCCUUCAAUGUGAGAAAACACGCCUAUUGGAUGAAAUAAAGACAAAAGAAGAAGAAAUUGGCUCUUUGAAAGAACAAACAACAUCUUUAAAGAUGAUUUGCGACGAGUUCUCACAGAAGAAAAAGAGGGAAGCGAAGACAUCGUAUAUCGACUUAGAUAAUCUCAAAAGCCAGCUUUUGACUAAAGAGGAUGAGUUUGAAUUCGCCAAAAGAAAGCACGAGAACGAAUACAACGAAUUAGCUAAAAUUCACGGAAUGUUCUUGGCAGAAGUUCUAACCGAAGCACAAGAGAUUAAUGCAACAGCGUACACGGCCUUGCGAAGUUCAGCUAAAACAAAACCCGUAAACCGCAAGACUAAUAACGUGCUACAUCUGUUAAAACAACUAAAACGAGAUAUCCUGGCUCUUUCUGACAAGUCUGGCGUUUUAGAAAUCACCGUUAAGCAACUUCGCGAUGAAGUUGAAAGCCAAGAUAAAACACUCACGAAAGUUACUAGUGAAAAAAAGCUUUUAAAAGAACAAGUCCUUGAAGCAAAGGAACAAAACAAAACACUCGUCAAGGAAAAGGCAAAGCUCGAGCGAGAUAAAGAGACUUUGAAAGCGGAAGCUGCCAGAGCUAAGAACAUGUCACAAACUUGCAAAGCCCGUUUGGAAGAGCUCAAAGCGAACGCCCGUUCUGCAAAACGGGAAAAAGAGGUAGUUCUGCGCGAAAAACAGGACAUUGAAAUGGGACUGAAAAAUCUUGGCAUCGACUAUAAGGCAUUGUUGUUAAAUGAAACGAACGAGGUUGUUCAAAAAAUCGAACAACAGAGUCUUGAAAACAGCUCAACUAAUUUGACAGAAGUUACAGAAUGUCAAGAUCCGAAACAGAUUAAAGCAACGAAAGAAAACGAAAGUUCAGAAGAAGUUAGAGAAUUUGAUACCGCUGUUCAUGCUAAGCCAAACGGUGAAACUAACGAACAAUCUUGUAAGCUGAAGGACAUUCUCACUAGAAUAACGAAAGAUGGGUUCUGCUUGAAACGGACCACAGAAUUUAUCGCCCAAGGUUAUUUGAAUGUAGAACUACUUACCAAAUCAUUGUAUUGUCGCUGUGGAUGCUAUAAAAACGAGGCUACACAAAAACAAUUUUUGGAACAUUUUCCUUCGUUAGCUCGACGCAUAGAAUCGCUCGGGAAAUGCCAAAUGGAGAAUAGGAUGGCUAAAGAUUUGGGUAAAGAAUUACACCAAGUGAGAAGCGAAAAUAAUUUGUUGAAACAAGAACGAAGUAAGCACGAAAAAUCGUUGGAAAAUUACAAGGAGUUGGUUCGCGGGUAUUCGCACAUCGUGCACGAGCUAGAAGAACGUGUUGUCGGUGUUCGUGAGAUGAAAUGUAUUAACCGUGAGCUCGAAAAGUAUAGCGUGUUGCUCGAACAACAGAAAGAAGGCGUGGCCAUUCAGCUUCUGGGAGUAAAUAUAAUCCACGCGAUGUUUCAACGACUCAAACGUUUCGCAGGAAAUUUCAUGAACACGGAUCUAAGGUAAAAGCAUGAAUUUUUUUAUAGUUCAUUAAAUUUUCAGGGGUGCAGACUAGGGAUGAAAUAUUACGCCGUACACAUAAGAAAAUAAAAGUUCAUUAAGGAUGUACUGGUACAUGUUUCUAUGCAGAUAUUCCAGUUAAUAUAGUCUUUCUCUUAUUCUGGUUUAUCGUUACUUUGUAGUGCUCCUUCCAAUGAACCUAUGGAAUACACAUCUUUGAAAUCCCUCGAGCAGACGAACAAGUUUUUGAAGGAAAAGCUUGCUUAUAGCGAAUACAACAUAAAUUUACUAAAAGCCACCCUGGAAAGGAAACGUACCGAAACGGCAGAAGUUCAAAUCCAAAUCGAGGAGGCGCUUUUUGCGGGUAACGAGCAACGCCCGGUCUUGGAGUCGCCUGAGCAGAAAACGUACAAAAGAGCGAGAGGAAAUGGCAUCUUGGGUUUUAUGAAACGGAAGAGCGAAAAUGACUCAAGUCGGGAGAACUUUGGAUCAAAAUCAGCACUGCUUAGCGAAAAGCAAUUGGCAGUUGUUAUUGAUUUAGUGCAAUGCAAAGAACAGCUUGUCGUUGGCAUACAAGAAUCUAUUGACUUGGAGCAAGGCUUAGAACGUUUAGGCAAAGCAAGUCGGGAAUAUAUGGACACAUUACAAGGAAAAGAUUCUCGCUUUGAUGAAAAGAAAAUUGCGAAUGCAUCCGUUGCGGAUUUAGAGCGUUUGAAGUGCCUCAAAGAAAAGGAACGAGUCGAGAAUGAGUUUUCUUUCAAAGAAGCACAAAUACGGCUGUUGGAAAAGCAGAUUGCUUUGCUAAAAAGCGAAAGAAAGGCUUGCUUGAAAGCCUUGAGAAGAUACGAAGAGGAAAUGAAAGCAUUCGCGCCCAGCUCAAUCGUUUCAGCAUUAGCAAAACUUUUGUCUAGUUAUCGCACUUUAGAUGAGAGGAAACCAAAUGGAAGUGUAGCUAAUGGAAUCAAGGAUUGUAACAAUAGAGGAAAGAGUAACAUUUUAUGUCAUGGAAGUAUAAAAGGCACAGUUUCUGGUAGUAAUGUAUAA